AUGCGUUUGUUCCAGCCCAAAAAGUGGGCGCUGCCCAAGCAGCCCAGCAGCAUAGCCCCGGAGCAUGUGUGGAGUAAUGCGGACCAGGACCCAGUUCCACCGGAGAAAUGGACAUGGACCGGGUGGACUUUUACCCAAUACUGGCUUUCGGAUUUGGUCACAGUCUCGACCUGGUCCGCAGCAAGUUCUGCUUUUGCCUCUGGUCUCUCUGCGACAGAUACUGUGCUAUUGACUCUUGUCGCCGCACUUUGUAAUGCCAUUCCAACUGUGCUCAACGGUGCCGUGGGAGCAGAUCUACACGUUCCAUUUCCAGUAGCCAUUCGUGCAAGUUAUGGGACAUAUUUUGCUUACUUCUGCGUUGCCUCAAGGGCUAUUCUUGCACUCUUCUGGUUUGGCGUCCAGAGCUCGUUCGGCGGGCAAUGUGUAACUCCAAUUAUAACUGCUAUUUGGCCAAGUUAUGCGAAUCUUCCAAAUCAUUUGCCUGCCUCAGCGGCCAUUACUACACAGGGAAUGGUGUCCUAUGUGAUCUACCAUAUACUCCAGGCACCUUUCCUGUUCAUCCCUACACAUAAAUUACAAUACAUGUUCAUAUUCAAGUCGGUGCUUGUCCCACCUAUGGCAUUAGCUAUGGUUAUAUGGAUUAGUGUCAAAGCUGGAGGUGGGACCGAAUUGUUCCAUACACCUUCAACAGUACAUGGCUCCCAGCGCGCCUGGUUGUGGUUGAUGAAUAUGACCUCAAUUACCGGUGGUUUCUCGACUUUAGCAGUCAAUAUAUCUGAUUUUUCUCGAUUUAGCAAGAAACCAGGUGGCCCUGUGUGGCAGCUACCAAUGAUUCCCAUUUUCAAGGUUUUAACUGGCCUCUUUGGCAUUAUUGCUGCGAGUGCCUCACAGAAAGUUUAUGGCAGCGUUCUUUGGAGCCCGUUGAAUAUCAUUGAUCAAUGGAAGGGCUCAUCUGGCGGUCGAGCGGCAGCAUUCUUUUGUGCGUCAUUGUGGCUGCUGGCUCAGAUUUGCAAUAAUAUUUCUGCUAAUUCGGUCUCGUUUGCCAAUGAUCUUACUACGAUGUUCCCUAAGUGGAUCAACAUCAGACGUGGAAUGGUUGUGUGCAUGCUACUAGGCGGAUGGGCACUUUGUCCAUGGAUCAUCAUCAAAAAUGCCUCGACAUUCCUUAGCUUUAUGGGAGCAUAUGCGAUUUUCAUGGCCCCGAUUGCAGGAAUUCUUUUCUGCGACUAUUGGCUGAUCAAACGACGAAAAUACGACGUACCAGCAUUGUAUGACCCGCGUGGAAUCUACUACUAUCGAUUCGGAACAAAUUGGCGUGCCUUGGCAUGCACUCUAGUUGUCGUCGUCCCCCUUCUGCCAGGCCUUGCCAAAGCCGUGACGCCUGACAACGUCCAUAUAAAUACCGGACUGGAGCACCUGUACUCUAUAAACUAUCUAUAUGGAUUUGGUCUUUCGACGACGUUUUAUUUUAUUUUGAAUUACUUUUGGCCAGAUCAGCGCACUCUCAUUCCGGCUGUUGUACCAGGCGUCGUUGUUGCCCAUUUAGCCGCCGUCGAUUCAGAUAUCGAGAGAGACUCAACAAUAUUGGGGGGCGAGAAGUCGGUUACUAAUUCCAUCCGGAAAGUUGUCUAG